AUGUGUGACGUUGUUCUAGGCGCUCAGUGGGGUGACGAAGGAAAAGGAAAGUUAGUGGAUAUAUUAUGUGAUGAAAUUGAUGUAUGCGCUCGAUGCCAAGGUGGUAACAACGCCGGCCAUACUAUCGUCGUCAAUGGGGUCAAGUAUGAUUUCCAUAUGCUUCCCUCUGGUUUAGUUAAUCCUAAAUGUCAGAAUUUGUUGGGUUCCGGUGUUGUCAUUCACGUUCCCUCCUUCUUUGAAGAGCUAACCAACUUAGAAAAUAAGGGUCUUGAGGGAAGAGACAGACUUUUCAUCUCAUCUAGAGCUCACCUCGUUUUUGAUUUUCAUCAAAGAACUGACAAGUUGAAGGAGGCAGAGCUUUCCGAAACUAAGAAGUCCAUUGGCACGACUGGAAAGGGUAUUGGGCCCACAUAUUCCACGAAAUCUUCCCGCUCUGGUAUUAGAGUACAUCAUCUAGUCUCUGAAGAACCCGGUGCUUGGGAAGAAUUUAAGGUCAGAUAUCAGAGGCUAGUCGAUUCGAGGUACAAGCGCUACGGCGAAUUCGACUACAACACUGAGGAAGAACUUAGUAGGUAUGAGAAGUACAGGGAGCAGUUAAGGCCAUUUGUCGUUGACUCUGUUGAGUUUAUGCAUCUGGCAAUCUCUUCGAAGAAAAAGAUUCUUGUGGAAGGUGCAAAUGCCUUGAUGCUCGAUUUGGACUUCGGAACCUACCCCUAUGUGACAUCGUCGUCUACAGGAAUUGGUGGUGUUUUGACGGGCUUAGGUAUCCCGCCUAGAAGCAUCAGAAAUGUGUACGGUGUCGUCAAGGCGUACACGACUAGAGUUGGAGAAGGCCCCUUCCCCACCGAGCAACUUAAUCAAGACGGUGAGACGUUGCAAAAUGUUGGUGCCGAGUAUGGUGUAACCACAGGAAGGAAGAGAAGAUGUGGUUGGUUGGAUUUAGUGGUAUUGAAGUAUUCUACUGCUAUAAACGGAUACACGGAUCUCAACAUUACCAAGUUAGAUGUCCUCGAUUCUUUCAAGAGCAUCAAAGUUGGUGUUGCCUAUUGGUACAAGGGUACAAAGUUGAAGUCUUUUCCUGAAGACUUGCUGAAACUCGCUAACGUCGAAGUCGAGUAUGUCGAAUUACCCGGUUGGGAGACAGACAUCAGCAAGAUCACGAACUAUGCUGACCUUCCUGAGAAUGCUAAAAAGUAUUUGGGAUACAUCGAAGAAUAUUUGAAUGUACCUGUCAAGUGGGUUGGUGUGGGUCCUUCUCGUGAUUCUAUGUUGCUUAAGAACUAA